GAACUCAACUCAUAAGUUAAUUAACAAUUAAACAAAUACUUUUUUUUUUACAAAAAAAUCUCAAAUACUUCAAUUGUUGAAGUAGACUACAUUGUUGUGAAUUGUAUAAUCUGUGUUUCUGUAUUGAAAAAUACAGAUUUUUUUUAAAUUUCUUGUUUUCAUAUCUAAGUCAAAAUUGAUACCAUGUCGGACGAACUUCCACCAGAACAAAUUGCUGUUCUUCGAAAAGCAUUCGAUGGUUUCGAUCGUGAAAAAUCUGGUAGUAUUCCCACUGAUAUGGUUGCAGAAAUCCUACGAUUGAUGGGACAACCAUUCAACAAACGUAUUUUAGAAGAAUUAAUUGAAGAAGUAGAUGAAGACAAAUCUGGACGUUUAGAAUUUGAAGAAUUUGUUACAUUAGCUGCUAAAUUUAUUGUGGAAGAAGAUGCCGAAGCUAUGCAAAAAGAAUUACGGGAAGCUUUCCGUCUUUAUGACAAAGAAGGUAAUGGAUAUAUUCCAACAUCAUGUUUAAGAGAAAUUCUUCGAGAAUUAGAUGACCAAUUAACUGACGAUGAAUUAGAUAUGAUGAUUGAAGAAAUUGAUUCUGAUGGAUCCGGGACUGUAGACUUUGAUGAAUUCAUGGAAAUGAUGACAGGAGAAUAAAUUAUCGUAGUACAUCUAAAUCAAUUUUCAUCCAUCUUAAAUCAAUUCUCAGAAAAAGACGAGUUUUAAUUUCAUGUUUUCAUGAGAGUCAAAUGUUAAUAAUGUUUAUUAAUCUUGUGCUUUUGUGUUGAAAUAAUUAUUCCCUCUUUAA